GGGCGUGAUCGCUGGAGGAACCAUCCAAUAAGCGUCAAGCACCUCUUUCACAACAUUCCAAUCUCUCCCAAACGCGCUUCCUCCUCCUCCUCCUCCUCUACUUUGACCAGUCCGCCUGUUUGUGUGUGUGUGUGCGUGUGUGUGUGCGUGUGUGCGUGCGUGCGGCGCGCGCGCGCAUGUGUGUGCGUGGGGAGGACUGUGACACGUAACUUUGUCCGCUUCACUGACGUGAGCAGGCAGGACACCUCCACCUUGUGCGGGGAGAGCAGAGAGAGCCAGCAUGGAGGCGAGGGACGCAGCAGCAGGCGCUCUAGUGGGCAGUGAUGGAGAGGAGCAAGCUGCAAAGAAGGAUGCAGCUCCCAAAGAAGACAAACCGCAGACCAAAGGCAAGAUGGAGCAGCUCUUUGGGUUCAAGAGGGAGGACCUGACCUCCUGGCCGAACCUGGUGGCCCUCCUGAACCGCCCCACUGACCCGGCAUCGCUCGGCAUCUUCCGGUGCUUGUUUGGUUUGCUGAUGGUCAUCGACAUCACGCAGGAACGUGGCCUCAGCCACCUGGACUACAAGUACCUGGAUGGGGCUCCUGUGUGCCGCUUUCCCCUCUUCAAUUUUCUACAGCCCCUGCCGCUGGACUGGAUGUAUCUGGUGUAUGUGGUGAUGUUCCUGGGUGCCCUGGGCAUCAUGCUUGGCUUUUUCUACCGCCUCUCCUGCCUGAUGUUCAUUUCGACCUACUGGUACAUCUUCUUUCUGGACAAAACGACCUGGAACAAUCACUCGUACCUCUACGGCCUCAUUGGAUUUCAGCUCAUGCUCAUGGACGGCAACAGAUACUGGUCAGUUGAUGGAUUGCGGAGACCGUCUAUAAGAAACACUCAAGUGCCUCUGUGGAAUUACACUUUGUUGAGGACACAGAUAUUCAUUGUAUACUUCAUCGCUGGGAUCAAAAAGUUGGACGCUGAUUGGGUGGAGGGAUACUCCAUGUCAUACUUGGCGCACCACUGGCUUUUUGAUCCUUUCAAAGUGAUUCUUCCUGUGGAGUUAGUGAGUCUGCUGGUGGUGCACGGAGGCGGUCUCUUCCUGGAUCUCUCUGCUGGCUACCUGCUGUUCUUCGAUGCUACGCGACCUUAUGCUAUUUUCUUUGUCUCCUACUUCCACUGUAUGAACUCUCAGCUCUUCAGCAUUGGGAUGUUUCCCUACGCAAUGCUGGCCACCAGUCCUCUCUUUUGCUAUCCGGACUGGCCCAGGAGAUUCUUCUCCCAUUUCCCAGCAUGCCUCAGGGUGGUCCUGCCACUUAGCUCACCGGACCCUCAGCCCAGCUCCUCUUGUGUUUACCAUGAGAUCCAGAGCCCCGGCGCUGAACGCCAGGAGACCCCGCCUGUUGCCAAACCUUCCAAACUGAGACUCAAGCACAAGCUGGCAGCCAUUUUUACAAUCAUCUACAUAAUUGAACAGUUAUUCCUGCCGUACUCCCACUUCAUCACACGGGGUUACAACAACUGGACCAAUGGAUUGUACGGCUACUCCUGGGACAUGAUGGUUCACUCCCGCAGCCAUCAGCAUGUUAAGAUCACCUACAGAGAUGGAAAAACCGGAGACGUUGGAUAUCUGAACCCCGGGGUGUUUACACAGAGCCGUCGGUGGAAAGAUCAUGGGGACAUGCUGAAGCAGUACGCCACGUGCCUCAGUCACUUCCUGCCUCGCUAUAAUAUUUCUGAUCCAGAAAUUUACUUUGACAUCUGGGUGUCCAUCAAUGAACGCUUCCAGCAAAGGAUCUUUGAUCCCCGUGUGGACGUUGUGACGGCUGAUUGGUCUCCUUUCCAACCAAACCCAUGGCUGAUGCCCCUGCUAGUGGAUCUCUCACCUUGGAGGAGCAAGUUCCAGGAGAUCGAGGGCAGCCUGGACAAUCAGACGGAGAUCGUCUUCAUAGCUGAUUUCCCAGGUCUCCACUUGGAAAACUUUGUUAGUGAAGAUCUGGGCAACACCAGCAUCCACGUGCUGCAGGGCAACGUGAACGUUGAGAUAGUGGAGGAGAAAAAGAACAUCAGUGUGCAGCCUGGUGAGCAGAUAAAGGUUCCUGCUGGGGCUUAUCACAAGGUGUACACAGUGUCCGAAGUCCCUUCAUGCUACAUGUACAUCUAUGUCAACACCACAGAGGCUGCGCUGCAGAAAAACUUCACCAAGCUGUUUGAGAUCCAGGAGCGCAUUCGCAAUGGGACAGAAACUGAGCCUCUUCCUCCUGAGCUGCAGCCUCUCGCCGCUGCGGACGAUCACGAAGGGUCAGAGGUCAACGCCACCGAUCCGAUCGUGCGGCUCUUCCUGAAGAGGCAGCGUCGCUUGAAGGAGGUGAAGAAACGCAGGGAAGCCGGCGCCCUGGAGCGGCUGCAGCGAUUUGCGGUGAAAAAGUAUUACACAAUACGGAGGGGAUUCUUGAUGACGGUCAUUGCUAUGAGGAACCUGGCGGUGGGUCUGCCUCCUCUGGAACAGCUGACAAGAGAAGUCGCCUUUGCCAACAUGAAAGAACCGGAGGGUGAAACCAACCAGGACGAACGACUCAAAGACGAAAUUGGUCACGGAGAACUUUAAAGCCACCGCUGGCACCAGAGAUGCUCUGCCGAAGUGCCUGCAGGUGGUGGAUCACACAUUCCUAAGAAGUGCGUGUUUUUUUUUUUUUACUGGACUGUUACUACACUGGGACACCGUCGCCCAGUAAUCAGAUUGUUUCAAGUAUUUUGUUAUGAAUCUGUAGUGUUGCUAAGAACGCGUUUCUGUUAUAGAUGCAGCAAAACUAAAAAAAACUGCACGUUAACAGAUAUGCACCGCUUUGCCGUGGAAGAUUACAUUUCAUUUUUUUUAUUUGUCUAAUUUUGUUUGAGAAUGUUAUAAUUGCUUUAUGGCUGGAUGAUGUGACCAAACAGAAAUAUCACAAGAGACAUUGACAAUAUGUUGAGAAUUAUUUAAAAAUCAGAGCUCUGACAGGUACAAGUUUGAAUCUUUAAUUAUGUUGAUGCUGUUUUGUUUGUUGAUUUUAAUGAACACACUGAAACGAACAGGAUGAGGUUUGUUGAAGCCUGUAGGUAUGUUUUCAUCUUUCAACUCUGAUUUAGAAAAUUCUGGCCAAAUAUUUGGAGGAUUGCUGUUUUAUUCAGGGGAUAUUCUUCUCUAAACUUUUAUUCUAACCCCUAUAAUGUGAUGAAAACAAUUGUUAGCUUUUUAGUUGGCAGCCUUUUUUAUUAACUUUCCUAAAAGAUCUUAUCCUGACGUUAUUUUCAUUAAAAAAAAUCGUCUGACAAA